AUGUUGCUUCGAGUUAUUGAAACUAUCAUGCACCAGACUACUGCAUCACAGGUCUUUGUUCAGGAACAGGAUCCCAUUGAUAUGAGAAGCAUAGUUGAGGAAUCACAAGAUGUAUUAGAAAACCCGAUAUUUCAGAUAUCAAACGAGGUUUUUCUCUUCAUGAACACAUCCCCUUUUCGGGAUAAAGAUGGCCGUGGGGCGGGCCCAACCUGCACUGUGACGGGUCGGGCCGGCUGAAAAGUUCAAAACAGGGUCCAUGCCCACGGGCUGUCAUGCCGGGCCGGGACGUCGUGCCUAAGCCUAAUUUUACUAAAUUUAGUGUGUUUUGUUGUGCCGUGUCGCGUUGUGCCUUGUCGUGUUUUUUUCAAAAAAUACGGUCUAGGCCUGGCCCACGACUUUGUGCUCGUGCCAGGACGUUUUUUCGUGUCAGGUCGGGUCUCAGGCCGGCCCACGACCAUCUUUACCUUCACUCCAUCCCCCACCCCCGUUAAAAAAAAUUAUCUUUACUACUUCAUACGUCUCAAAAUGAACUUUACACUUGUUUCCGCUUAAGGGUGUUGCAAAAAGAACUAUACGCGUCCUUUCAAACUUUUCCCUUUACUCUCCCCAUCCUAUAUAUCUUUCCCUCUAAACCAAAACAUUUUCUUCAUUUUGUUUUCUCUCUACAAACUUCCAAUCUUUUAUUUUAUUUAACAACUAUUCUUAGGAGUUGUUUGGUUUGGUGUUAGUUGUUUUCGUGGAAAACGAUUUUUCCAUUUUCAAUCAUUUUACGUUGUUUGGAUUGACAAGGAAUGAAAAACAAUUUUCCAUGACUCUAUCAAAGGUGGAAGAACCUUUUUCAUUUGACAGGAAGGAAAACCACUUUUUCACUUUUCCUCCUUACCACCCUCUUCCUUCUUCCCACCAAUCUCCUCCUGUUUUCCUUCUUCUAUGAAUUUUCUUGUAAGGAACCAAACAAAGGAAAACUAGUUUCAGUUUGAAAUUGUAUUUUUCCAUUGGAAAAUCACUGGAAAUGUUUUACACCAAACCAAAUGGACCGUUAACGUCCGCAUCAAUCCCUAGUGUGAAGUUCAUUUUGUGAAAGAGAUGCUAUGCAAGUGUUAUGGAGAUGAAAAUGUGCAUGAAAGUACACUAAGUGUGUUUCACUUACUUGGGAGCUAUAGAUGGGAUGAUAAACUGCUUCUAGCUCUUUCAGCUUUUGCGACAGUCUUUGGCGAACACUGGGUCAUACUGCAAUCACAGAGCCAGAACUCGUUAGCUGCAUCGAUUGCAUUACUCAAAAAAAUUCCAGACAGAAACAUAUUUGAGACUAUCUUUGUAGCACUAACCACAUUAGUUAAAACUAUGGUAGAAAUCAUUAGGAUUGUUUCACAAUUUGAAGAUUUACCAAUAACCCAUGUAGAGUUGCAGGAUGGGACUGUCACAGCUACAAAAUCGUUAAUAUAUGUUGCUGCUUAUUGGAUAAUCAGGAGUAUUUUGGUUAGCAUUACUCUCGUUACAAAUUUGAGAGCCAUUGAAGAUGAGCAAGUGCACCCUCUUUCCUUUCAGGAUCCAUAUUCAAUAUCAAGUGCUGUAUGGGAGAUUGUCAGUUUAAGAAGCAAGAUUAAUGGUAUCGGCACUCAACUUAGAACACAGGUAGAAGCCUGCAAGCAACAGACAGAGCAGAAGAUGCAGAAGAAGCUUGUGAAUCUAUUCAAGGAGCCACAGAUUGACAACCAAGGAAUUCUUAGGAUGUUGUUUGGUCUGAGGAAUGACUUCCCAUUAAAGCAAUCAUCCAAGCAAGCAAAGGUUGGAAUCUCCUCACUGAAGAACAAGGUGGUUGUCCUGUUGAUUUCAAAACCAGAACUGCUUCCUGUAGAUGAAUUGUUUUCACUGGUUCACCAGACAUACGAUCACCCUCUUCACGGUAAGGUAGAUAGAAGCUAUGAUAUCUUGUGGAUCCCCAUCUCAACUUCCGGAAAAUGGAGCAACAAUGAAGUAACAAUCUUCAAUCUUUUAUCAAACUCCUUGCCGUGGUACUCAAUUCGACAACCAUGGUCACUCAGCUCAACAACGAUUAACUAUGCAAAAAAGGAGUGGGAAUUCGAUGAAAAUCCCAGUAUGGUUGUAUUGGACCCUACAGGAACAGUUACCAAUAUAAAUGCAGAUGAUAUGAUAUGGAUUUGGGGUGCCAAAGCAUACCCUUUCUCAGCUUCAAGAGAAAAGGAGAUGUGGAGAACAGAAAAAUGGAAUAUGAGACUCUUACUUGACACUAUCGACCCCUCGUUCCCCAUGUCGGUAGAAGAAGGAAGAACACUUUGCAUAUAUGGAAGCAGUAAACUUGAGUGGGUAAGAAAGUUCAGCGCAGAAAUUAAAGACCUUCAAAGCUUAGGUGCACAACUUGAGGUGGUUUAUGUUGGCAAAAAAGAUCAAAGUGUACUAGUAAGAAACAUAGUCUCUUCCAUAGAGAAAGAGAAGCUAAGUCACUCUCUUUCUUUGACUAAGAUAUCUUUAUUUUGGAAGCGCCUUGAAAGUAUCAGACGGUCAAUACUCAGGCUUGAACAGACAACUGACACUGAUCAUAUUCUAAGAGAGGUAAUAGCAUUGCUAGAUGAUAAAGACGAAGAUUGGAUGAUAUUUGGAAGAAGUUCUUCAACAAAUAUUGUAAAGCUUAGUGGUAACGAAUGGACCGAGUUCUUGAGUAAACGCGCAUUAUGGGAAAAACUUAUGCCAGAUAUUGGUUUGGAAGAUGCAAUCAGGCUUUCUCUGGAACCUCAAUUAACUGAGCCAUGCUCGCACUCAAGAGUCACUCGAUACAAUAGAGAGCUAAUGAAAGAGACUGUAAUUUGUGAAAAGUGUAAGCGUCCCAUGGAGAAGUUUAUCAUCUAUGAAGUGGUGUAGGUUUUUGGGAUAAGAGAGACUGACUUUUUAACUGUUGUGGGAGCAAGAAUAUUUGAAAAAACCUCCUUGUGUUUAGGAAAGAUAAAGCUAAUAAAUUCCAAGCUAAUAAACUCCUUGUGUUUUUUCUCUGAACUUUUAAUCUAAUGUCCCAAGCAUAAAUUAAAAUAAGCUAUUAAAUUCCUCUU